AUGGAUAAUAUUUUAAAGGCAUCAAAUAUGGAAGGGACUUCAACAAUGACAGUUACCUCGCGUAGUUCUGAAGACUCUAGUUGUAUCUCAAAUCAUGAACAAGAUACCGAUACACAUAAGGACGGCGACACAAGUGGUCUGGAAAACAGUAAAAUUUCGAAGAGAAAGUGGAUGAAAGAGUUUUUUAAACUUUCCAAAUCUCCAGCUUCCAAAAGCAGCCGGAGUAUAGGUUCCAUGAAAAGUAACCAGAGCCUCGUUUCAAUGAAAAGUAGUGACGAUGGCAACAGUUAUAAAAAUGAUUACUCUUCUAUCUGUGGUAACAGCCUUCCAUCUGCAGGCUUGAGUCGUUCGAAUAGUGUGAAAGAAUUAAAAUUAGAUUCAACUGGAAGUCAGAGAUCAAAAAAUAAUGUUGCCAUGUUAGCACGUUCUUCUACAACAUCUCAGACAACGUGCUCUUCUUCUUCAUCAUCAUCUUCUUAUAACUCUAUAAAAGGAAAUGAAAAUGAUAUUUUAUUGCAGAAUAACAAUCACUUUAGGCAUAACAAAGAAAUUCCUCAAAGUAAAGGGAGCUCCAACAUUAACACCGCAUCGAUUAUGAGCCAAUACAAUGUCGAUACGCAAGCAACCGCUAUAAUGAGCGAUAUGCAAAAGCAAUACGACUCGCAACAGAUGACAUCACCAUUUGUAAACGAAGACUUGCAUUUCGAUCCAAAUGGUGAAGUUUCACACGUAAUAAAAGCAAUUUUUAAAGAAAUUGGUUAUAAAUACGAUGAUUUCAGUGAUAUUCCUGUUUUUCAAUUAAUGCAAGAAAUGUAUCAACUAGUGAAGAAGAAUUCCAGCGCUAGAAGAACAAAGAUAACAGACUAUGCCUCUAAACUUAAAGAAAAAGAAGCGCAAUUAAAAAGUCAAAAUGACAAAAUUUUGAAGUUAGAAACAACAAACAAGGCCUACAAAACUAAAUACAAGGAGGUCUCUCUGGAAAAUAAGAAAAUAAAAGAGGCUUUCAAAGAACUAGACAAUGAGUCAUACAAUCACGAUGAGGAAUUACUAAAAAAAUACAAAUAUACUAGGGAAACCUUAGAUAGGGUCAAUAGAGAACAGCAAUUAAUCAUUGAUCAAAACGAGUUUUUGAAGAAAAGUGUCAAUGAACUACAAAAUGAGGUUAAUGCUACCAACUUCAAGUUCUCUUUAUUUAAAGAAAAAUAUGCAAAAUUAGCUGAUAGCAUCACUGAAUUGAAUACCUCUACGAAAAAAAGAGAGGCCCUGGGAGAAAACUUAACUUUUGAAUGCAAUGAAUUAAAAGAAAUAUGUUUGAAAUACAAAAAAAACAUCGAAAAUAUAUCAAAUACCAAUAAGAAUUUACAAAAUUCGUUCAAAAAUGAAAGGAAAAAAGUUUUAGAUUUGAGAAAUGAGAGAAAUUUGUUGAAAAAGGAAAUACUGUUGAUUGAAUGUCAUGGUUCAUAUUCUCUACUCCUUGUAUCUAAUAUUCUGACAUGUUAUCGGUUCUUACUGCCAAGUGAUACUAUUAUUGAAACUGAAAGCUUAAUUAAGGAGCUACUCAACAUGAAUAAUUCACUUUCGAACCAUGUGUCUUCUUCUGACGAGCCUCCAGCGGAGUACUCGAAAAGAUUAGAAUUAAAAUGUGUAGAGUUUGAGGAAAAGUUACUUUAUUUCUAUCAAGAACUUGUGACGAAGAAAAUUAUAGACGUCAUUUACAAGUGCUUUAUUAAUUAUUACAAGAAAAGUAGGCAAACUGACCAAAAAUCCAAUCAGAACUCCAGCACUCCGUAUAAACAAAGCCAAAGACAAGUUCCGCACUCCAUCAAGUGA